UCCAACACCUUCCAGUAAUCCUGCUGCACCCAAUAAUACCCUGCAAUUAGGGUUUUAGGGUAUAAAUAUAAUAUAAAAAGCAACGCUUGAAACAGAACAUCCAGCAUAAAACCCACGAACAAAUUACUUUCACUCAUUCUUAUUAAUCGAUCAACUUCCAUUCUCAUAUGAUUUUCCCCUGAAUUCAAAAUUUGUUCUUUUAUCUUAUUUAUUCUGUUGUGUGUUGAUAAGAAAAGGAAAAAAAAUUUGAGCUUUGAAGAGGAAUAAUGAUAGCAGCAGUUUCGUGGGUACCCAAAGGGGUUGCAAAGUCUGUACCAAGUGUAGCAGACCCACCUUCAAAAGAGGAAAUUGAAGAGCUGAUCAAAGCUAGUGAUUUAGAGAGAAGUGGAGAAGAUAGUGGCAGCGAGGAAGAUGACCAGGAAAUGGAUGUUGAUGCUGCCAAGCAGACCGGUGAAGUAAGCCAAGCAUUAGUUGUAGCAAACGCACUUGGCAGAAGUUCCAAAGUUAACAAGUCAGAGACCAAAUUUGAUGACAUAGCAGAUGGUCUGCAGGAACUUGAUAUGGACAACUAUGAUGAUGAGGAGGAUGGUAUUGAGCUGUUCAGCACAGGACUUGGGGACCUUUACUACCCAAGUAAUAGCAUGGACCCGUACAUCAAGGAUGAAGAUGAUGAUGAUUCUGAAGAUCUUGAAGACAUGGCUAUCAAACCAAAGGAUGCAGUCAUUGUUUGUGCAUGCAACAAGGAUGAAUUUAGUAACCUUGAGGUUUGGAUAUUGGAUGAAACAAGUGAUGGUGAUUCAAACAUAUACGUUCACCAUGAGGUUCCCCUUUCAGCAUUUCCCCUUUGCACAGCAUGGCUUGAUUGUCCACUUAAAGGGGGAGAAAAAGGGAAUUUUAUAGCUGUUGGGUCAAUGGAACCUGCCAUUGAAAUAUGGGACCUUGACAUUAUUGAUGAAGUGCAACCAGCUGUGGUAUUAGGUGGCAUUGAAGAGAAAAAGAAGAAGAAAAAAGGAAAAAAGGUGUCAAUUAAAUACAAAGAAGGCAGUCACACUGAUUCUGUACUUGGUCUUGCUUGGAACAAGCAUUUCAGGAACAUCCUUGCCAGUGCUAGUGCCGACAAACAAGUCAAAAUUUGGGAUGUGGAUGCUGGAAAAUGUGACAUUACCAUGGAGCAUCAUACAGACAAGGUUCAAGCAGUUGCAUGGAAUCAUCAUGAGCCACAAGUUCUUCUCAGUGGAUCUUUCGAUCGUACAGUAGUCAUGGUAAAACGGAGCUUGCUUACUCUGAUGUCUAUAGAUUUGGACUGUCACUAUACCUCACAGUGCAACAAGUCUGGAUCAGCUUCUGACCUUAAGCCAAGUUUUACCCUCCAUGCACACGACAAAGCUGUUUGCACAAUCUCUUAUAAUCCUUUAGCACCAAAUCUUCUUGCUACUGGAUCAACAGAUAAAAUGGUAAAACUCUGGGAUCUGUCCAACAACCAACCCUCAUGUUUAGUAUCCAAGAAUCCCAAAGCAGGAGCUAUCUUUUCUGUUUCCUUCUCAGAGGACAACCCUUUUCUGCUCGCCAUUGGAGGCUCCAAGGGGAAAUUGGAACUAUGGGAUACGUUGUCUGAGGCCGAGGUUGCUAGAAGAUUUGGAACCACAGCAAGCUGAAAUCACCGCUGGCUUCAUUGAUCAAGAAGGUAAAAGAGCUAUGCUCCUCGUAAAAUUCGAGAGCUACAGAAAAAGCCACAUGGGCCUUGUUAUGAGCUAAGAUUGAUUUGGUAGGUGAAAGACAUCGGUCCUCACAUGGCAAGCAUGUGUAUUUAAGUAGACUGUAGCGAGAGCUGGUGUAUUUAUACGAGAAUGAGUGGCAGUAGUGGUAGUCUCAUAGCUUUUCCAAUUUUGUGAGAUGGCAGAUGAGGUUUGGUUUCUUGUUUAUUUAUUUAUUUUGCUUUUUUGGCAUUAUGAUAUGUAAUUGUAAUGAAGACCAACGUUAAUUCAUGCGUGAGUGAGAAUCUUAAGAAAUGAAAGCAAAACAAAAGCUAGA